UACAGCUUAUCAAUCGUUAUCGUACAUCGUACAUUGUUGUUAGAUUGUUGUCAUUGUUCUUGUUGUAAAAGUAAUGCAUUUUAGGAGUUUAUAUUAAAAUUACAAGGGGUAAUAGUGAAAUGGAUCCUAACAUAAAAUUCUAUCCUUUGAUUAGUUCUAUUCAAAAAGUGGCUUUGUUUGAAACCAAAUCGAAACUUUAUCUGAUUGGAAGUAAUGGCCAGGAGACUCGCUUUCGGUUGUUGGAAAUUGAUCGCCGGUCACCGGAACUUUCGAUUCACGAAAAUGCCAACGAACUGGAAAAGAGCGAUAUUCGCAAGUUCGUCCAAUCGAGAUCGUUCAUACGCUCUAUCAGUGCCUACGGUGUGCUGGGAUUCAUAAAGUUUUUGGAAGGUUACUAUCUGAUUCUUGUCACUAAGAGGACGCGCUGUGCCUUCAUUGGGAAGCACAUUAUUUACACGAUCAAAGACACUGCGAUGAUUCGGGUCAAUGAAGCCCCGGUAGGAAAGCAGAUACAUCCAUUGGAGCAGCGGUAUGUGAAGAUGUUCAACAGCGUAGAUCUGAAGAGCAAUUUCUACUUUAGCUACAGUUACGAUCUAACACGUAGUUUGCAGUACAACGUCUCGGCACCAAAGUUUGUAGGAAGUCGGAGCGAUAUUGAACUAGAUGAGCCUUUAUUGUGGAAGAAUAGUUCCGGAGAGAAGACUACCUACGCAUUUCGGGGUGUGUCUCGUGCCAGAUUUGUUUGGAAUACUUCUUUGAAGCCAAUGGAUGGAAUAUUGCAUAAAGUGAAGCUAGAAGUUAUACACGGGUUCAUCAGUCAAUCCAGCAUCAGCAUAUUCGGCCGACCAAUAUACGUAUGCUUGAUUGCUAGGAGAAGUACCCGAUUCGCUGGUACAAGAUUCCUGAAGCGAGGUUCUAAUUAUUUUGGGGACGUUGCCAACGAGGUAGAAACGGAACAAAUAGUUCUAGAUGGAACAAGGAUGUGUAGCUUCACACAGUUGCGGGGAUCCGUUCCUUCUCAUUGGUCUCAAGACGUUAGCAAAAUGGUCCCCAAACCCCAAAUAGCACUUGAUCUUUCGGAUCCGUACGGGGAGACGUCAGGGAAGCACUAUCAACGGCUGAUGUUCCAUUAUGGUGCACCGAUAAUCAUACUCAAUCUUGUUAAAAAGCGUGAAAAGCGUCGACAUGAGGGUGUUCUUAGUGCUGAGAUGCUGGGCAGUGUGGAUUAUCUCAACCAAUUUCUUCCGCCACAGUAUCGCAUAAAGUAUAUUGACUUUGAUAUGGCCCGAAAAAGCAGAGGCAAGGGUAGCGUUAUGGAAAGUUUAGCAAAAUACGCAGAAAGCGUAAUUCAACAAACAGGAAUGUUCUUCCUGGAUGAAGAAGUUAGUACACAGCAAACGGGACUAGUGAGAGUAAACUGCGUCGACUGUCUGGAUCGUACAAAUACAGCGCAGUUUGCCAUCGGCAAAUGUGUUCUCGCUCAUCAGCUAUACGAUUUAGGUUUUCUAAAGGAGAAGAAGUUGGAGUUUGAAUCUGACUGCGUUACCAUGCUGGAGAAUCUGUACGAGGAUCAUGGUGACACACUGGCUCUGCAAUACGGUGGUUCCCAGCUGGUCCAUAGGAUUAAAACUUACCGUAAGACAGCGGCUUGGGCUUCCCAGGGAAACGACAUCAUACAGACCAUAAGUCGAUACUGUAGUAACACGUUCAGCGACACGGAGAAGCAACAUAGUAUUAACCUGUUUUUGGGCUACUACAUUCCUUCGGAAUCAGAAGUUAACAAAUCAACACACAUAUGGGAUUUGGAGACAGAUUUCUACAUUCACAACUCGCGUGUCGAUAUAAUUCGUGAAAUUUCCUCAGAACCACUCACACAAUGGGUUCGGCCCUUCGUCAUGAAACAUUUACCCUACUCCACUAGCGAUAACAAUCGUGUCGUCAACGAGCUCAUCAAAAUCCACUCAACCGACGCUGAAAUAAUCGAUUAUUACUCCAACUUCUACUACGGAUUCAAAAUAACUACGUUCGAAGAGAACAUUGCAUACCAGUUGUCACUGCUGGCUCGAAACUUUGUCCCAACUUUCCGAACUAAUUUUAGUCCGUUUGAACCUGUCAGAAGGGGCGAAAGUGCUACUCUUAAAAACCCUUCCUUGACUGGACAGUCAUCGACUAGCUCUACCAACAGUUCAUCUUCCAGUUUAGACGAAGCUUCCGACUCAGAUGAAGAUGACCGCAGCCUUCGCAAUACCGCUCAAAAUAGUAGUACAAACAGCAGCAGAGCGGAGGAUCCGGUCACUAUCAGUAGCAUGUUUCCGAUGACCGGAGACGUCUAUGGGUUUGAAAUCAAAGCCCCAAAGAAAACGGACAUGAUCAAGUAUCAUAAAUACGUUCAAAUGAAUCGAAUUUACAAUCCACAAAAUUAUACCGGAUUGAAAAGUGACCCGAAUCAAUCGCAGUACCAGCAGCCAUAUUCGUUAGCACACUUGGCAGCGGAUGGAAUUGUUAUACAGAAUAAUGAAAUAAAUUUCCGGAGAGAUGUAACUCGAUCCUCGGAAGUGCAGGAAGACAUACCGAUUCCUACGGUGAAACCCGAAAGCGUUGCCAUCUAUGAGAAAUAUUGCCAAAUGAAUCGGACUAUCAUGGAUCAUAAGGAAGUCGAUCCAAUUAUUCAAAAGUAUGUAGAUGCUUUCCAAUAAAUUAUCGCACAAACGUAUAUAAUAAAAUAUCAAGGUUAAUCCACAUU